AUGUUGCGUGAUCUUUCUCUGGUUGUAACCGGUUCUCGUAUUCUUACUUCUAAUUCAACCGAUCCUUUACCUGCUACAAUUGAAAUUGAUAAAAAUGGACGUAUCAGUGCUUUUAUCUCUAAAAAAUCAACCAUCGAUUCUUAUGAUUUUCUAGAAAAUAAUAAAUUCAUUGAUGCUGGUGAUAAUAUUGUUAUGCCUGGAAUUAUUGAUGCUCAUGUUCACUUGAAUGAACCUGGUAGAACUGAUUGGGAAGGUUUUGAAACUGGGACUAAAGCUGCUGCUGCGGGUGGAGUAACCACUGUUAUUGAUAUGCCAUUAAAUUCAAUUCCUCCAACUACUACCGUUGAUAAUUUCAAGCAAAAAUUGAAUGCUGCCAAAGGGAAAUGCUGGGUAGAUAUUGGGUUUUAUGGUGGAAUUAUUCCAGGAAAUCAGAAUGAUUUAAUUCCUUUAAUAAACGCUGGCGUCAAAGGAUUUAAAGGUUUUUUAAUAAAUAGUGGAGUAGAUGAAUUUCCUUGUGUAAAUGAACAAGAUGGUCAAAAUUCAUUAUUUAUGUUUCAUGCCGAAAUGGAAUCUAGUGACGAUGAUAAUAAUAAUAAGUCUCUUGAAACAUUAGAUAAAACCUCUUAUAAUAGUUUUCUUAAAUCUCGACCACAAUCUCUUGAACUUAAUGCCAUUUCUCUUGUUACCCGUCUUGCUAAGGAAUAUAGUACUGUACGCACUCAUAUUGUUCAUUUAUCAGCUUCAGAUGCUAUUGAUAUGAUUCGUAAAUCCAAAUCCGAUGGUGUUCCAUUAACUGUUGAAACUUGUUUUCAUUAUUUGUGCCUGUCUGCUGAAGAAGUACCAUUAGGUAGGACAGAUUUCAAAUGCUGUCCUCCUGUUAGAGAAAAAAUAAACCAAGAGAAACUUUGGCAAGCUUUGCUUGAUGGUACAAUUGAUAGUGUUGUGUCUGAUCAUUCUCCAUGCACAGCAGAACUUAAGGGUUUGGAUAAAAAAGAUGAUGAAAGAGAUGUUAUUAAAGCUUGGGGUGGCAUUUCUACUUUGCAACUUGGAUUACCAGUAUUAUGGACUGAAGCGAAAAAACGUGGAUGCAGUUUCCAUAAUUUAUAUACAUGGUUAUCAAAAAAUACUGCUAAACAAGUUGGCUUACAAGAAAAAAAGGGUGACAUUAAAGUAGGACAUGAUGCUGAUAUUGUAAUUUGGAAUCCUGAGGAAACUUUUGUGGUUACCAAAGAUAUUAUUCAAUUUAAAAAUAAGGUUACACCAUAUAUGGGAAGAACUCUUUAUGGUGUAGUUAAAAAAACAAUUGUAAGAGGGAAUAUAGUAUAUGAUGCCGAAAGGGACGGUGUUAUCAAUAUUCCACAUGGUAGUUUCUUGGUUUAA